UUAACGCCCGUCCCACCUCUUUCCAACCCAACACAAACACCGAUUUUUCAUUAUAAAAUUGUAGUUGUUAAAGUUGUUGCAAUUAUUGACUUAUUUUGUGGACCGGAAAUAAUAAUGAGUUAUAUUCGGGCUAAUUAAUCAAGAUCAUCUUGCUAAGAACUCCCAAGACUUGGGCGUCCUUUAAAAUGGAUCGAGAACAAGAGUAUUUGGAGGAGGAGGACAGUGCCCUCGGGGCAGCUGCUCUAAUCAAUUUCCCACCAGAGGUUCAACGAGCAAUAGAACAGGUGUUGCCCUGUGAGGAUCCGCUCGCAAAAUCUGAUUUUGACGCUGUUGCGUACAUCAACACUCUGUUCCCAACGGAGCAGUCUCUGGCAAAUCUAGAUGAAGUGGUGGCGAGAAUGGAACAGAAAAUCCUCAGCAUCGAUGAGGACAUCCGCACAGUGGUUCGAAACCAAAGCAGAGUUGGCAAGGAUGGCAAAGCAGCUCUAGCGGAUGCUCAGAAGGUGAUCGAGCAUCUAUUUCUGCAAGUCAGGGACAUCAAAAUGAAGGCCGAACAGUCUGAAGCGGCGGUGCAACAAAUCACAAGGGACAUCAAGCAACUGGACUGUGCUAAAAGAAACCUGACCUCUGCAAUCACCGCCCUUAAUCAUCUGCACAUGCUGGCUCAGGGGGUGGAGAGUUUGAAAGCUCUUAUCGAGAAGAGGAAGUAUGGAGAAAUAGUCAUGCCACUUCAGGGUGUGCAGCAAGUGAUGGAGCAUUUCAAAGACUUCACCGACAUUCCUCAAAUUAGAGACAUGUCUGUUGAGGUGCAAUCGAUCCACGUCCGCCUUGAAAAACAGAUAGUGUCGGACUUCCAUGAGGCUUUUGAGGGUCCAAACGCUAAGCACUUUACUCCUAGCAGACAGCUCGCAGAGGCGUGUCUUGUGGUGUCAGUGCUGGAUCCAAGAGUCAAAGAGGGCUUGCUGAGUUGGCUGUCCGACUUGCAACUGGCAGAGUACAAGCACCUAUUCCACGAAAACCAAGAUUCCGCCUGGCUGGACAACAUUGAACGGCGUUACAGUUGGUUGAAAAAGCACUUGAUGGAGUUUGAGGACAAAUUUGGCCCAAUGUUUCCGCCGUCGUGGGAGAUUUCCGAGCGCAUCUCUGUUCGCUUUUGCGAGGUCACAAGAACGCAGCUAUCGAACGUGAUGAGCAGGAGAAGACACGAGAUUGACGUGAAGCUGCUUCUAUUCGCAAUCCAACGAACCAACUCGUUUGAAAACUUAUUGGCGAAACGUUUUGUGGGGAUGACCAUCCAAAAGAGCACGAAUCCUUUUGAGGAGGAAGAACCUAGAGGCUUGAAUCCUUUUGAGGAAGAUGAAGCAGUCGGAGGGGCUUUGGAGCCAAUUAAGACAAAACCACCAGCGUCCUUUAGUGGGCUCAUAGGCCAAUGCUUCAUUCCCUACCUCAACAUUUACAUUGAGAGCAUUGACAGGAAUCUAGCAGAUCUUAUGGACCAAUUUGUGCAAGAGUUGAAGAACACUGCCCCACCAGUCAUCACGGAAGGAGGAGCUGCUUGUGCUAUUUUGCCCAGCUGCGCCGACCUGUUCGUUUUCUACAAAAAGUGUUUGGUGCAGUGUGCACAGCUGAGCACAGAGCAGCCAAUGGUCGACCUGGCCAAGCUCUUCCAGAAAUAUCUCCGCGAGUAUGCCAUCCGAAUUCUGCAAAAUGGACUGCCAAAGCUCUGCACAACAAGCAGCUCACUAAGCAGUAUGACAAAUUUGACACGAGACCUUCGGGACCUGUCCUCUGCUGCUGGGCUCAUUCAAAACUUCAGUAUGUUACUGAAGGAAGGUGACCAAGUGACGCGGUAUACAAAAGAAGAGCAAGCAAAGGUUUGCAGCAUCCUCACUACCGCAGAAUAUUGUCUUGAGACGACCCAGCAAUUGGAGGAGAAACUGAAGGAAAAGGUUGCUCCUCAGCUAGUCAUCCAGAUCAAGUUUUCCUCGGAACAAGACAUUUUCCACAACGUGAUUUCCAACUGCAUACAGCUCCUUGUUCAGGAUUUGGAAAUCGCCUGCGAGCCGGCCCUGUCUGCCAUGAGCAAAAUCCAAUGGAACAGCAUCGAAAGCGUUGGGGACCAAAGUGGCUACGUCACUGCCAUCACUGGCCACUUGAAGAUGACCAUUCCAAUCAUCAGAGACAACUUGGCGUCGUCCAGAAAGUACUUCACUCAAUUUUGCAUUAAAUUUAUUAGCUCCUUCAUUCCAAAACUCAUCCAGAAUAUUUGCAAAUGCCGACCAUUGUCUACGGUUGGCGCUGAGCAAUUGCUGCUUGAUACUCACAUGUUCAAGACUGUUUUGUUGGAUCUCCCAUCGCUGGGCUCUGCCGUCAGCAGAAAGCCACCCACAGCAUUUACCAAAAUUGUGGUGAAAGGAAUGACAAGGGCUGAAAUGAUUCUCAAAGUGGUUAUGUCGCCAAGUGAUCCACCAGCAGCUUUUGUGGAGCAGUAUGUUAAGCUAUUGCCACAGUCCGACACUUCGGAGUUCCAAAAAGUUUUAGAUAUGAAGGGCUUGCGUCGCCAAGAUCAAGCUGCAAUGCUUGAGCUCUUCCGGCUGCACUUGCAAAAAAUGAAUUAUGCUGCGGAAGAGGAUUUGCCGAGAGAAGACCCGCCGAUGCUGUUGUCCCUCUCUGAAUCAAACAUGAAAGCCAGUCCGUCAAUGGUUACUAGUCCUGAACACGAAUCGUCAAGAAUCAAGAAGCUGGAGAAGCUGAUUAAGAAACGUUUGUAAUGCUUUUAUUGCUGGGGUGUGGUAUGUGGUGUCUUCCUACAAAUUUGUUAACAAUAACUGCAGAUUACAAAAAAAUGUAAUGUUCAAUGUUUUUCGGGUUUAUUAUAUUGUUAUGUUUCAAGUAAGAACAAAUUUUAAAUUGAAAAUUUUUGUAUUUUAAUAUCUUGAGUUGCUCCUAAAGUUCAAAGCUUGCAUAAAUAUUCAUUUUUUUAUUUCAGCAAAAUAAAACUUUAAAGCUGAUUUACCAGUGUUCUGCAAAGCUGUUUCACGCUCCUUGUAAUUUUAGAAAAGCAAUGGCAUUUUUGUCUGAAACUCUCGCGCUUUUUGUUCACUCAUCGUUUGACACCAAGAAUUGAUUGGGGACUUUCGAAAUUUGAAGUUGAAGCUAGAAGAAAACUUAGAAAAUCGCGAUCAACAUUCCCUCUUGUAUAAUCUUGUAUCACAUUAUACUCCAAUUUUUACGAGUCAUAUAUUUGGAUGUAUAAAAUAACAUGUUUUAGGUGUAGUAAGAAGUUGCUAAAUUUAUAUAAUGGAACACAGCGUAUAUUGAAAAAGUUAUGUAUCUUCCUAUCAUAAAAUUUUCACAACAAUAAAAAGAGAAAAAUGACGAUAA